GUGUGCGAGUGUGUGUGUGCGGGAGGGUGUGCACACGCCUUCGGGGGCUGGAGUGACUGCAGUGGGCUUCUCCCUCCGCAGGCCCUGCGGCUGCUAGACCCCAACCUGCCGGCACCGCACUUGGCAAGCUGGGUUCUUGCAUCUUCCCGAGGCUCCUUCUUCAUCCUCCCCUCGUGGAUCUUACUUUUCCUUUUAGCCAGGGGGUUGCUGCCAGCCACUCUUCAACCGGUGCAAACACCCAAGCCGUCUCCAGUUCUCUCCCAAGCCAGUAUUUUCCACUUGUCUUUCUCUGGGGUUCUUCCACGAGCCAAUCCAGGGCUCCCCCAUUCUUGGAAAUUGUUUUGUUGGACCGCUGUGCCGAGGCCUUUAAAGCUUGAGGACUUUAUCAUUUUGAUUCUUUUCAUUUCCUCCCCAUCUGGGCAACGGAGCAAUGAAAUUUCCAAUUGAGACUCCAAGAAAACAGGUGAACUGGGAUCCUAAAGUGGCCGUUCCUGCAGCAGCACCCCCCGUGUGUCAGCCCAAGGGUGCCACUAACGGGAGUUAUCCGGCCCCACGCCUGUCCAUCUCCUCCCGAGCCACGGUGGUAGCCAGGAUGGAAGGUGCCUCCCAGGGGGGCCUGCAGACCGUCAUGAAGUGGAAAACCGUGGUUGCCAUCUUUGUGGUUGUGGUGGUCUACCUUGUCACGGGUGGGCUUGUCUUCCGGGCACUGGAGCAGCCUUUUGAGAGCAGCCAGAAGAACACCAUCGCCUUGGAAAAGGCAGAAUUCCUGCGGGAUCAUAUCUGUGUGAGCCCACAGGAGCUGGAGACAUUGAUCCAGCAUGCCCUUGACGCUGACAACGCAGGAGUAAGUCCAAUCGGAAACUCCUCCAACAACAGCAGUCACUGGGACCUCGGAAGUGCCUUUUUCUUUGCUGGAACUGUCAUCACCACCAUAGGGUAUGGGAAUAUUGCUCCAAGCACUGAAGGAGGCAAAAUCUUUUGUAUUUUAUAUGCCAUCUUUGGAAUUCCACUCUUUGGUUUCUUAUUGGCUGGAAUUGGAGACCAACUUGGAACCAUCUUUGGGAAAAGCAUUGCAAGAGUGGAGAAGGUCUUUCGAAAGAAGCAAGUGAGUCAGACCAAGAUCCGGGUCAUCUCGACCAUCCUGUUCAUCCUGGCCGGCUGCAUUGUGUUUGUGACAAUCCCCGCCGUCGUCUUCAAAUACAUCGAGGGCUGGACGGCCUUGGAAUCCAUUUACUUCGUGGUGGUCACUCUCACCACGGUGGGCUUUGGCGAUUUUGUGGCAGGGGGAAAUGCUGGCAUCAAUUACCGGGAGUGGUAUAAGCCCCUAGUGUGGUUUUGGAUCCUUGUUGGCCUUGCCUACUUUGCAGCCGUCCUCAGUAUGAUCGGAGAUUGGCUACGGGUUCUGUCCAAAAAGACAAAAGAAGAGGUGGGUGAGAUCAAGGCCCACGCGGCCGAGUGGAAGGCCAACGUGACGGCCGAGUUCCGGGAGACGCGGCGGCGGCUCAGCGUGGAGAUCCACGACAAGCUGCAGCGCGCGGCCACCAUCCGCAGCAUGGAGCGCCGGCGCCUGGGCCUGGACCAGCGGGCCCACUCGCUCGACAUGCUGUCCCCCGAGAAGCGCUCCGUCUUCGCGGCGCUGGACUCGGGCCGCUUCAAGGCCUCGUCCCAGGAGAGCAUUAACAACCGGCCCAACAACCUGCGCCUCAAAGGGACGGAGCAGCUGAGCAAACACGGGCAGGGGGCCUCGGAGGACAACAUCAUCAACAAGUUCGGGUCCACCUCCAAGCUCACCAAGAGGAAAAACAAGGACAUCAAGAAGACCUUGCCCGAGGACGUCCAGAAAAUCUACAAGACCUUCCGGAAUUACUCCCUGGAUGAAGAGAAGAAGGAGGAGGAGACGGAAAAGAUGUGUAACUCAGACCACUCCAGCACUGCCAUGUUGACUGACUGUGCGCAGCAGCCUGCCGGGGUGGAGAACGGAAUGGUCCCCACAGACACCAAAGACAGGGAACACGAGGACAACACAUUACUUGAAGACACAAACUAAAUGUCCCGGACGUUGGACUUGAUGAAGCGUUGCGGUUUUUUAUAUUCACCCUGAGACAUGUGCCUUAAACAGACUUCUCCUUAGUCCGAGAUUCCAUAGCAUUGAAGAGCAGAUUUCACUGUGCCAUAAAGGACCGAGAAGCUUGCUCUGCCGGGAGGAGUCAAACAGCAAGCACUUGGCUUCCACAGCGACCGCACGCCCAGGGAAGGUUUGCACGCGUUGGAGGUCAUGGCCGCAAAUGUCAAGGGCGUGUCGGGGGCGACGAUGUACCCCUGGUGCAGCGACGCCCUGGAUGGCACGUAGAAAAGGGCAGCUAUUUCUUAGACCAGCCUUCUGAAAGGAACAGUUGUGUCUCUUACACAGAGUCUCAUUUCCUGAACCUACUGUUGGUGAUAUAUUGGGGAUGAACUGGUACCUGUAACUAGGGUUCAAGUUGACAUUUUGGCAUGUUGCUCUGAGCUUGAAUUCUGAUCCAAACCAUUCAGUGCGUACCUAGUUCUUCUCGGCUCCAAAUGAAUGUUCGUGGAACCUGAGGGCUCCUGGAAUUUGUUCGAUGCAGAUCAGAGCACACGUAAUAAAAGGUGCCGUUGCUUUUCUCAUUACA